CGUCAUACAACUUUUGCCCGCCACAGAAGAACAUCAAGAUAUGCUGGGUACUCUAGUAAUCUUAAUCGUGAUCCUCUAUGGCUGCUCAUGUAAUAAUGGCAGUUGUGUCCACUUGGAUACUAUCCUGCGUCUUGUGGACCGCCCACAACUCGGACGCUUUCAUCUCGAGCCUCUACCUGCCAUGAGCUUACACGAAGAAACUGCUGUCCACUACUUUCUCGGCCUUCUUCUUCUUCCUACUCUCGCCUCCACCAAGCGUCGAUUUGGGGCGUAUGGCCUGAACAACACAGAGGAGAAGAUAUAUUAGACUCUAUCUGCAUCAUAUCAGGAGCAGUCUAGGCGCUGCUGGUCGCUCGUGAGGCUAGAACUAAUGAUUAAGACAGGACGAAGCGUUUCUGGCUAGAAAUGUGUCGGGGGUCAUCGAGUACUUUGUCUUUUUGUGAAACAUGGCCCAACAUAUGUAUCCAGCAAACAGGAAUUUGUUUGUGACCUUAAUCAAGUGAACUAAAAGGGAGAGUAGGCAAACGCCGAUGCCCUUGUCCACCGUGAAUAGGUAAGGUCAACACUUG